CGAGUCUUUGCUGAGAACCAGUGUGGGCUCAGCCAGACAGCCUCUGUCACUGCUGACCUGGCCCACAUCCAGAGAGCAGCUACUGUUUACAAGACCGAGGGGUUUGUCCAGUGAGAUUUCUCAGAAGCCCCGAAGUUCAGCCAGCCUCUGGCAGACUGCACUACAGUCAUUGGCUGUGACACCCAGCUCUUCUGCUGCGUCCAUGCCUCCCCCAAGCCAAAGACCAUCUGGCUAAAGAACAAGAUGGAUAUCCAAGGCAACCCCAAGUACAGAGCCCUCACUCACCUGGGAAUCUGCUCCCUAGAAAUCCACAAGCCUGGCCCCUUUGACGGGGGCAUCUACACCUGCAAGGCCGUUAACUCCCUGGGGGAGGCGUCAGUGGACUGUCGGGUGGAUGUGAAAGACUCCUAAUUAGCACCAUGGACUCCCCCCAAACCUGGAAGUAUAUCCCUUCUCGAUGCUCUGAAAGGUUUCCCAGAGAUUUCUGAGAUGUUAACACGGAGAGAUGUCUGAAUUUUGCAGCUCCUAAUUGAGGCACCCUAAGCGGACAUGGGCAACUCUGAGGAAGCUCCGGGGUCUAAGCUGACUUUUGCUCCUGCUGGCUGGAACAUGGAAGAUUUAGAAGAAGAUGUAAAGUUUAUAGCAGAUGAGACCUUGGACUUUGGGGGGCUGUCACCAUCUGACAGUCGAGAGGAAGAAGAUACAGCAGUGUCGGUGACUCCGGAGAAACCCCUCCGACGAGGUCUCUCCCAUCGAAGUGACCCAAAUGCAGUGGCCCCUGCCCCCCAGAGUCUGAGGCUCAGCUUAGGCCCCCUCAGCCCAGAGAAGCUGGAAGAAAUCCUCAGUGAAGCCAACCGGCUGGCAACUCAUCUGGAACAGUGUGCCCUGCAGGAGCGGGAGAACACCGGUGAGGGCCCGGGGCCUCGAAGGGUGAAGCCCAGCCCUCGGCGGGAGACCUUUGUGCUCAAGGACAGUCCUGUCCGAGACCUGCUGCCCACCGUGAGCUCUUUGGCUCGGAGCACCCCCUCCCCAAGCAGCCUGACACCCCGACUCCGGAGCAGCGAUAGGAAGCUGUCAGUCAGGGCUCUUCGAGCAACAUCUGGAAAGAGGCCCUCCAGCAUGAAGAGGGAGUCGCCCACUUGCAAUCUGUUCCCUGCAUCCAAAAGCCCAGCAUCUUCUCCUCUUGCCCGAUCAACUCCUCCAGUCCGGGGGAAAGCCGGUCCCAGUGGGAGAGCAACAGCAAGCCCACCUACCUCCGUCAGACCAGUCUUGGCUGCACAGCCUUCUACCAGCAACUCUCAGCGCCUGUCUCGGCCGCAGGGAGCAGCUGCUAAACCUUCCAGUCGACUGCCUGUUCCGUCGGCCAUUCCCAGGCCUGCCAGCAGGAUGCCACUCACCAGCCGGAGUGUACCAUCCAGCAAAGGUGCCCUUCUUCCAGAUUCCCUGCCAGCUCGGAAAGGACUUCCAAGACCAAGUGCCGCAGGGCACAGAGUUCCUGUUUCUCAGCGACCAAAUCUUCCCAUCACUGGUGCCGGUCGCAGCAGUCUGCAGCCCCCCAGGAAAGUUGCAGUCCCAGGAGCUACCAGGUAAAGAGAUCAGGACAGCAAGCAAGAAUUCAGUAGCAAACCACUAUAGUCACUGCCUGGACUCACCUCUGUAAUCAGCUUCCCAAGCCCUCUCCUUGGAGGCAGGCCUGACUCCAGCAGAUUCUGGCCCAGGGAUAGAAGGAAGAGAUGCCACUGUGGCUGGUGCCCCAGGAGUAGAGACCAUGGGAGAUAGGGUGGAUUAGGGUUGAGCUGGAGGGGAAUCAAACUCUCAGUUGAAACAAGUUAGGAAAAAGAGGUUGCCUCCCAGUGGUGAAGUUAGACAGAAAAUAAGAAAUGCUCGAGAGUGGUUUGUCCUCAUCCACCCCCGCUCUUGUGUCCAGCUCCACAGAGUUUGAUUUUCAUCCCAGGCUUUGGUUCGCUGGACAUUUACAUGUGAAUGGCCUCUGUAGCUAACCUCCCUGCUCUCCAAGGAGCAGUCCUCCUGAAUAACAUCCUCUACUGGACUCAGGCCUGUUUGGAGAGGCAGAGGCAGGCAUCUGGUCUCCAGAACUUGUUUCCUGUGGAUUCUAUGACUCCUAACAGGCCAGUUUAUGAUAAGCUUACUCCAUUGGUCUGCAUUUUUCUAAAAUGAAAUGAGUAUAUUUUUAUAUUCUGUAUACAUGUGAAAAUAAAUCCUGCUCCAAUUUCUAACAGAUUUGGAGUAAACUCCUGUGUAAUUCCAAUGAGGGAGCCAGGAUGGGCUUCCCAGGCAGGGGUCUGAAUAGGCCCUAGGCCCUUGAGAUUCCAGCUUAUCAAGCUAUGACUAGCCCCCUUGUUGGCAUUCGAUGGGAACAGGCUGCCUUUUUCUAGUCAUUUCCAGGCUUCAUAUGUUAUUAGAAGGUCCAGAUCAACUUAAGAAGGGUUUAAUUCACAGUAUGUGAGGCUAUCAAACCAGGGUCUUGGUAAAUUAUUAUUUAUAUUCUAAACGUGGCUGUCCUUUCCUGGCAAGAGAAUGGAUACUCCUAGGAAUUCAGCAUCUUGUUUGCUGUACUUAUGGGAUGAGGGGGCCCUCGGGUGGGUACCCUGGUGUUCAGAUUUGCUGAUUGCCUCAGGCAGAAGAUGCCUGAACACCUUGUUAUGUUCUGCCUUACGUCUUUAGAAUUGUUGGUGUUCUCCUCUUCUUUCCCCUACUAGACUUGAGGGCUGGUGCCAGGAUUUAUAAACCUCUGCAGUGCCUAAUGUUGUGAUUUUUAUGUGGUGGAGAGUUCUAUUCAUUUAUUGAAAAAAUAUCUGACUGCAAGAUGGGGGGUGUUUGUUAAAUGAAUGACAAAAGAUUCAUUUAACAGAUUAACUAAGGGUCUCCCUUUUCUCACAGCCUUCGAUUCUUGGAAAUGCCAGAACCAGCCCAAUUCCUUAUGAGUUUUGAGAGGACUUUCCUUCUUGGAGGCCAGGCCCUGACUUAAGGAAGUCAGCAGGCAACUGGGCCAAGGGAGUGAGUUCCAGCUGGUGCCCCGCCCCCCAGGUUUACAUGCCCAUAGGCUCCCUUCUGAGGCACUAAAAGGCCCUUCCCUUGUUCCUGGGCCAGGGGCCCCCCGUGGCUUUCUUCUUUUUAUGGCUGAUCUUAAGGUUCAUUUAACACAUUCACCUAUAUCACAGUGACAGCUGCCUACACUUUCACCUUUCCCUGAGCCUCUGGGAUUCCAAGCAUUGAGUUGCAGGAGGGUGUGUGGAGACAGACGCUGAGUGUCUGGCUCUGGAGAAAAUUUGGCAGGGGCAAGAAGACCUCAGGUGCGUCUCCCGACCGCGUCCUGCACUGGUGUCUGACAGAAGGCAAGCCCGGGCACACGCUUAGGUGUGGCCAGCAGAUGGCAUGUUCAUGUGGCCUGCAUGUGAGCCAGGCCCCGGUGGGUCCUCCGAGGCAAAACAAGCAGCAGACCCGCGUGCUGUUGCCACCUGGUGGCCCAAGAGGACAAGGCAAGGCAUGUUCCUUUCGCCCUCUAAGUCAGUCUAGGGUUUCGUUAACUGCCCCUCCAGUCCCACUGCAGAUCUGCUUAAGCAACGUUCAGGAGGCAGCGUCCGCGGGGGAGGAGGCCUGCCCUCCACGACUGCCCUUCUAGUUCACUACCUGCUUACUUCCUUCCGUUUGGGUCGAGCUUUCUGUUUUUUCUCUUUAUGCACUCUACCUUCACGCCCCCCACCCAGUAGCACCAGGGAAGGAAGCCAGGGUUUCUUGGUCUCUUACUAUGCACUGUGAACUGUUCUAAGCACUAACAUGUGUCAACUCAUUUAAUUCUCAUAAAAGCUCAGUUAGGCACAAACCAUUAUCAUCCUCAUUUUGCAGGCAGGGAAACAGGCUCAGAGAGAUUAAGUCACUCAGUCUGGUUCCAGGGUUUGUGUUCUUAACAACUCCCCUCUAUGGCCCCCAUGUGAACUCCCUAUCUAGUUUGUUGAACAGACCUUCGAAAAACACAAAACUUGGGAACAGAAGUAAUGUGGCAGAGCACACAGCUGGCUAGAGUAUGGGUAGUUGCUUCGUUUCCGACAGGGGAAAAACACGAGACCGCCCAGAGGAAUGAAGUUAGGAUGUACCUAGUCACUGAGCACCUUUCAAUUCCCACCAGCCUCUCAGCCCUCCCUGCCUCCUGAAUUCUGCUCCCAGGAUGGGAUUCAGCCCUAAGGGGCUGGGCUGGAAUCCUGCCUGCUCUGUGCAGCCUCUCCAGCCAUACAAGUCCCUCCUGUCCUGGUGAGAAGCAUACUUUCCUGCUAACGGCCACAUCUUCGUUGGAAAUGCCAGGAUGUGGGCUCAGUACUGAGGCUAUUUGGGGGACACUGCUGGGGGUGUCGAGAGGAUAUCUGAGUCCCCUGACCUGGCCCUUCCAGGGCCCUGCCUGCUCGUGUUUUCCAGAGACCAGGCCUCCCCCCUCUGGAAGGAAAGGGACCCACACAGGAGGACAGGAUGACAGU